AUGCCUCCCGCUCCUCCUCCUCCUCCUCCUCCACAACACCUCCUCCAAAGCACAGGCAGCAAUAACAGCCCAGAUGCUCCAGUAAAGAAACGCAAGCGCACUGCCCAGGCUUGCGGUCAAUGCCGCACCAAGAAGACCAAGUGCGAUGGCAUACACCCAGCAUGUACCCCAUGUAUUCAGCUCGGCUACGAAUGCUCGUACCCACUAGACUCGAGCGCACCACCUACUGGCUCGGUCGUCGUGAGCAAAGACUAUCUUGCUGCUCUGGAACGACGUUUGCAUCGCCUCGAGUCGGGGCCGGAGCGCUCCUCAGCACCCAACUCUACAUAUGUCUCGCCCCCAAGCAACGUUCGCCAUGGGAGUACACCGCGCACAUCGAGCUCGGUGGACGAGGGCCAGCGCCUUCAGUACGCCCAAAACAGCGGCGGCUUGCAGCCGAGAGACUACCCUGGGCCUGACGGAGACGACUAUGCUCACCCAGGGCCAAGCCCGGGCUCGUACAGACCAUUCGGCGCUAGCCAGCGUACAGUACCCUCCGAGCGCUCGACAAGCUUCUCCGGCAGUGCAUUUCAGAUGCACGCAGCGCUGGCGCGGCCUGAACCCGCCACCGCUACAGUCUUGUCGCCAGGCAACACCGCAGAUGGGUCCGCUAUCGAUGGCAUGGGGCUGCUCCUCGCACCAGAGCGUACGCCGCGCAAUCCCCAACCGGGCGGCGGGCUUGGAUGGGGCGCAUCACCCGAGGGCGAGGUGUUCGGCGAUCUCUCGGGCAUCUCAUUCCAUCGCCUUCUUCUGGACACCUUGCUCCCCGGAAACCAGUGCAUGGGCCCAAUGAACGACAUGGCAGUGACCAACACCGAUUUUUACGAGAAUGGACAUGGAGGAGACGGCGGCUUUCUCGGGGUGCCUCCCUUACCCGACAUGUUCUUCAUCCGCCCCGAGGACCUACCGCCACGAGCACAAGCGCGGGUCAUGGUUGACUACUUCGAAAGCCAUACCUGGCAGCUGUACCCGCUCGUCGACUGCGCCAGCCUCAAAGCCACGUACGAGAAACUGCAAGAUGAGGCGUCCGAGUACGCGCGCCACACGCUGGCGGAUAAGCCUGGACAUGUCCCCGACCCUCUUCGUGUUCCGCGCAAUCAGCCCAUUAUUGCUCUGCACUUUGUUGUGUUUGCCCUGGUUCAAUCCAUCUCAGAAACGCCUUUCACUCGCAUUGACGUACACCGGCUAGCACUGAGAAUGCUCCGCAAACACCUCGACUGGCCACACAGCACGCUCAAGGUCCAGGUGUUGCUCAUUGCCGCGCUGCUCAUGCAGGGUAUUGAUCGUCCUGGUACGAGUUGGGAUCUGCUUGGCUAUGCCAUCCGCUCCGCAUACGCUGUAGGACUACACGACAAGGACCAGAAUGAGCGAUUUGCCCCAAUCGAACGCGAAAUGCGAUCUCGAGUGUGGUGGGCGUGCUAUACCUUUGACCGCCUUCUUACUGUGUCCAUCGGACGGCCAUCCGUGAUCAGCUUUGAUGCGUUCUCGACACCGCUGCCUACGCCAUUGCCAGGCGAGCAGGAAAUGCCUGUUCGCUUCAUGAGCGACUCUAUACGCCUUUACAGGGGGCUUAGCGAUGUGAUCAGCAACCCGCCAAUAUCGUUUCGCAACGCCUCUCCUGAGUUUGUCUCGUCUGUCACGGCGCAGAUGUACCAUUUGGAGAAGGAGUACGCGCACUGGAGCGAAGGGGUCACGCCAGAGCUCAACUUUGCCCAUCACCCUCCCACUUCGGCGCUUGCAACAGUGCUCGCUCUUCGCGGGCUGACCCUACGCCUCCUUCUGCAUCGUCGGGUAAUGCUUGCUGCGAUCCGCGAGCACGUUGGACAGCGCUCCCGCUCCGGCACGCCGACCUCGGCCAUGACCUCGGUGCAGUAUGUUGAGUCGCGCCAACGCCAUCUCGCUUUUGGCAUCAGUCUGGGUCUAGUGAUCGAGACUGCCAUCCAGACUGCGCAUGUGCUCGAAGGACGCACAGGAGAGCCCCUAGUGCUGUCCGCCCCAUGGUACCUUCUGUUCUACUCCAUGAACGCAUUCAUGUCGCUCGUUGCGGCUUUCCUCCUCGAUUUGUCGCAGUGGGCGUGGUUCAUCCGCACGCCAGGCGCGUCCAUGGUUAAUGCUCUCUUAUCACUGCAUGCGACCGUGCGGCAGAUCUACGGGCGCUACAACAGGGCGAGCGCACGCCAGGCCUUGUUCAUUAUGGAGCACAUCCUCACUGCGCUCGGUCUCCCGGCCUCUGACCAAGGGCGACCUCCACCCGCGCCUGAGCCGCCGACGGCCGACGGCAUCGAUGCCGUCGCGAGCAUCAUGGCAAGCUUCCAGGACUUGCCGCACCUCGACUUUGACGAGCUCUACAAGACACUGGGGCUCGAGCUUGACCAGGCCGCAUUUUCUUAGGUCUCGCGUUGUACGUGCAAAUAUGACAUUGUAUUGGCGGCUGG